AUGAAGGCUUUCAAAAUUGUUCUACGAUUCCAUGACUUCAAACUGAUGUGGGACGUGGAAGGCAGCUGGGUUCAGCACCUGGGGAAUCCCCUUCUCUUGGAGUACGAGUUGGGGGCCAUAACCAUCCUCCCGCGGUCUGCUGCGGGGGACGACACCGUUCUCUGGGUUCGCAUUCCUUUGGUGCGUCGCGUUGGUUACGCUGUGAUCAGCAUCUAUCUGCCGUCGCUGACGAUGCUCGUCAUCGGUUACCUGACACUCUUCUUCCUUUACGACAACGACAACUUCGAGGUCCGUGUCAUGACAGCGCUCACGACCCUUCUGGUGAUGGCUACGCUCUUCACGCAGGUUCGCCAGAUGACACACAUUAUCGGACGAUUUAUAGACGAGGACAAACGUUUCUUUCAGGUUUCGUCUUCACUUCCCAAGACCUCCUACUUCAAACUAGUGGACGUGUGGCUCCUCUUCUGCAUCUUCGCCACCUUCCUCAUCAUCGUGUUCCACAUCAUCAUCGACCUGAUCCUUAACGAAGAGAAGAACAGCACGAAAGGACUCCCGGGCCACAUGAUCCUAGUUGGACGAAGCGCGGUGGCCAAGGACCAUACGAACGAAGGGCCGGCAUUCCGAGCGUGGCCGACGGAGGGCUCGAGGACGCCGUCGCCCCGCUUGCCCGGGUGGCGUCAGAGGGUCACCGUGAAGGGCGUCGAGAGAUUCGCUCGCUGGUUCAUGGCCGCCGUGUUCCUCGUGUUCAAUGUGUUCUACUGGAUGACGGCUUAUAAGCUGGUCUAG